AUGGACCAAAUGGGCAAGCACCUGCAGAUGGCUUCCAUGACGAGCAGCGUCGUCGGCGGCGGCUGCCAGUCGUCGUCGUCGUCGUCGUCGUCGUCUUCUCAGCAGUACCGGGGUGUGCGGAAGCGGAAGUGGGGCAAGUGGGUGUCGGAGAUCCGGCAGCCGGGCACCAAGACACGCAUCUGGCUCGGCAGCUUCGAGUCAGCCGAGAUGGCCGCGGUGGCGCACGACGUGGCCGCGCUGCGCCUGCAGGGCCGCGACGCGCAGCUCAACUUCCCCGGGUGCGUCGCCUGGCUUCCCCACCCCGCGACCUCGCACCCGGCCGACGUCCGCGCCGCGGCCGCCAAGGCCGCCGACCGGGUGCGCUGCGACCCGGCGGGCCCGGCGCUGCUGCUGCUGCAGCAAGUGCAAGUGCAGGUGCAGGCGGCGCGGUGCCACGACCACGACCACGAGUUCGGAGCCGGGCCGGGGCCGGUGGUCGAGCUCGGGAGCGACGAGGAGUUCGCGCUGGGCCUGGACUCGCCCAGGCUGUGGACCGAGAUGGCGGAGGAUGCUCCUCGACCCGCCGGGCUGGGCCACCGGCGUCGGCGAGGCGGAGGUGGCCCAGUGCUGGUCACACGGCUCCCUCUGGGACGCAUGCUAGCUCAGCGCCUCGCACCCGGCGCGGCCGGCUGCUCACUCUCAGUUGCCUUGGCUUUGGCUGCAAGUGUUUGGCCAUGGCCAAUGGCCACUAGACGCUGCUUAACCUCACACGUGUCGCAAUGCUUUUGUCAAAUUGGAGAUGACCGCGCAUACAAUUAUAUCUAA